AUGCCCUUACCCGCCGUCGAGGCAGUAGUCAAGAAGUGGGGCGAGGUGUACGAGUCUGAGCUCCAGUUUCUCCAAGACACGGGUGCGACGGAAGGCUACGUCCAGAUCUUCGAGAACCGCGGCGCAAUGAUGGGUGCGAGCGCGCCACACCCCCACGGCCAGGUUUGGACGCUCGACUACGUCCCCGACGAAGUCAGCACGGAGCUGGAGCAUUUCAGGCAGUAUGCCGAGACGCACAAGGCGCCUGCCGUCGAGGGAACCACGACAGCACCGGAGGGAGGCAAGAGCUGCUGCAACGGGGGCGUGUGUGCCGAGGUCCCCGCGGGCCAGACACCCAACCGCGACGGCCACGCGUGCCUGCUCUGCACGUAUGCGGCGGCCGAGUAUCUGGACAAGUCGCGCAUAGUCGUGCAGAACGAGCACUGGCUGGCCCUUGUUCCCUUCUGGGCCGUGUGGCCGUAUGAGACCCUCGUCCUGCCCUACAGGCGGCACAUUCCCAAUCUCUCGCAGCUGACUGCUGCCGAGUCCACCUCGCUCGCCGAGGUCCUCCAGGCCCUGCUGGUCCGGUACGACGGGUUGUUCUCCUGCCCCUUCCCUUACUCUAUGGGCGUGCACCAGAGCCCGCUGUCCGAUACUGAAGGGCUCAGCCACGUCCACUUCCACUUUUACCCGCCGCUGCUGCGCAGUGCGACGGUGCGCAAGUUCCUUGUUGGUUUUGAGAUGCUUGGAGAGGUGCAGCGCGACCUAUCGCCGGAGCAGGCGGCGGAGAAGCUCCGCGCGGUGUCGGCGACGCACUAUCUCGACCAGUAG